AUGGAGGGGGGUAGCCCUGGGUGAGUUCAACAUGCUCGGUUCAUCUUGGUACCCUUCUCGUUAGGAGCCAUGGCUGCCAGUUCGUUCUCAUAUGCUUCCAUGGAUGGAUCCAAGGAUGAUGAUACGGGACCAUAUUUUGUUCGCAUGUUUAAUAUUCCUGUGAUUGAUGAGCCUCAUGUAGUCCCCUUCCUACUCUUCUGAUGCUUUUUCAGGAAGAUUUUCGUCGGGGGUCUUCCCAAGGACACGACCAACGGUGGGAAUUCUUCGCUCAUUUCUCCUCCUCGAUCUGAGGAUCGUCCUAGGUACCUGAUUUUACUAUUAUAUCUGCUGUUUUUUGGCUGAUUUCAGGGACCUUCUUGAAGCAUUUUGAGAAAUACGGGGAGAUCACCGAUUCCGUGGUGAUGAGGGAUAGGAAAACUGGGAAGCCGCGAGGGUUUGGAUUCAUCACCUACGCCGAUCCUUCGGUCGUCGACAGAGUCAUCGAGGACGAUCACAUCUUCAGUGGGAAGCAGGUCUUCCUUCGGAUUUCCUUCGCUUAGAUGGUGAUCCUUCCCCCCUUGACGGGUGAUGAAAUGUUCUUAGUUCCAUUCAUUGCCGGCUCUUUUCAGGUGGAAAUCAAGCGGACUAUUCCGAGGGAGGCGAUUCCCGGGGCAAGGGAUUUCAAGACGAGAAAGAUAUUUGUCGGCGGUAUUCCAACUUCUGUGACCGAAGGUGAAGUGCUUAUUGAAGGCUUUCUCCUCUUUUAAGCUGGUUGAUGCGUUGACCAGCUCUUCUAAUAAAUUCCUUCUUCGGGCAGAUGAAUUCAGAGAUUUCUUUGCCACAUUCGGGGAGAUUAAAGAACAUCAGAUAAUGCGUGAUCACUCCAACAAUCGUUCUCGAGGUUUCGGAUUCAUCACCUUCCAUUCAGAGCAAGCUGUGGAUGAUUUGCUAGCUCAGGGGAACAGGGUGGACUUUGCUGGAGCUCAGGUGAGUUAUGAUAAUAGGAAAGAAUCAACCAUUUACAAAGAUUUUAUAAUUAAAUCAUCCAAGCGACCCGAUAUUUUUUGAUCUUCAUGUUGCCAUGAUUCAUACGAUUUUCCGUUAUUAUCCCCACAUCUUUAGGUUCAUCAUUCCACCAAUGAUCAAAGAAUUAGAGCGAGAUUUGAUCUUCAUAUCACUUUAAAAUCUGUUAUCCUGCAGCCAGAGAGUAAUUUUCUUUCCUGUUUGCAGGUUGAGAUCAAGAAGGCUGAACCGAAAAAGCCCGCUGCUUCACCAUCACGCCCGCCAAAACAUUUUAGGAAUCUAACACCUACUUUUGGCGGCCGAUACGAUGAUCCCUAUGGUGAUUAUGAAAGCGAGGUCUUUCGUCCUGGCUAUGAACGGGUCGGUGGGCCUCUCCCCAGCAGGGCAGGGCUGUAUGAGAGAUAUGGUGGAAGUGAUCUUGGUGGUGGCUACAAGGGAUAUGGUCGCAGUGGCGGUGGUGGCGGCGGCAGCAGCAGCAGCAUGGGUCCUUAUCAGGGGGAGUCGGCGUUAGGGUUUUCCGGGUACUAUGGCAGAGGCUAUGAUCCUGGGAGUUACAGAGCAGGCGAGAGCUUCAGAGGCUAUGGUGUUGGCUCUGAUCCUGGCAUCUAUGGAGGAGGUGAGGGCUACAGAGGCUAUGGCGGGCCAGAUGUUGCUGGUUAUGAAGGGGGUGUUCAGUUUGGCUUGGGCUCUGGCUAUGGCAGCCUUGGUGGGUACGGUGCACCCAGCGGCGGCAGCUUCUAUGGAAAUAGAGGGGGAUAUGGCGGCGCCGCCGGUGGCCGCUACCAUCCAUAUGGAAGGUAG